AUGUGUUGUGCAUAUGAGGCAGCCCGCCAACACACCACAGGCGUGGGCGGUUGGCGGGAAAGCAGUCGCGCGGCUGGCACCGUGCGGGCCAAGGAGGACGGGAACCAGACGCUCGACGCCGCCGCUGCCACCACCUCUGGCAAGACACAGCCCUCACGUACUUGCUGGAACUGUGGUACUUCGCACGCCCCUGACAGAGCUUCCUGCCCGGCCAGGGAAGCAGUCUGCGUCGCCUGUCGUAAGAAAGGUCACUUCAAGAGGUGCCGCAGGAGCUCCAAGCGCCCACACGGCACUGCAUCUACCAACGCCGUCUCGGUAUCAGUGACAACGGCAGGCGCGAACGUGUCCCGCCAACCCACCAUAGAGGUAACAGUGGCGCUUGGCAAGGGCGCCAAGCACCGCACAGCAGCUGUGGCGGACACCGGCGCCCAGGUGUGCGUCGCGGGGGCGGCCCUCCUGUCCAGUCUCAACAUACAACCCACGCAGCUACAGGGACGUGCAGGCUUGCGGGAUGUAGCGGACUUGCCCUUACGGUGCCUCGGAUCGUGCCGGUGUGACAUUUACCUUGGCGGCCAUGCUACACCGCAAGAAGUAUACUUCAUACCCUCCGCCAGGUCGCUGUUCCUGUCACUGAGCGCGUGCAAGGAGCUGGGGCUGGUGCCCGCCGGCUUCCCUCACCACCCCCUGCCGACAGUGCAAGCAGUGGAAGCGCGUGACACGACUGCCGAGCCUGCCCAGCCGCAUGCCAAGCCCGCCACAAUACUAUUCCCGCCACACGAGGAGCACGUACGACGGCUAGAGGAGUGGCUACUACAACACUUCUCGGCCUCCGCCUUCAACACCACAAGGAGCCCGCUGCCCGUGAUGGACGGCGAGCCUCACCACAUCCACCUGGCACCCAACGCUGUCCCCUACGCCUGCCACACGCCCGCCUCGGUGUCGAAACACUGGGAGGACGAGGUGAAAGCCCAGCUUGAAGACGACGUACGGCGAGGCGUCAUCGGGGAACCCACGGAGUGGUGUGCCCGCAUGGUUGUGGUAGCAAAGAAAUCAGGGCAACCGCGGCGCACCGUCGAUUACCAGCGCCUCAACGCCGCAUGCCGCAGAGAGACACACCACACCCCCGCCCCCUUCGACAUGGUGUCUAGUGUCCCCAAACAUUGCUUCAAGACAGUGGCUGACGCUUAUUGGGGGUACCACCAAGUCAGGCUGGACGAGGAGAGUCGAAGUCUCACCACCUUCAUCAUCCCAUGGGGGAGGUUCAGGUACCUCCGGAGCCCCAUGGGCCACUGUUCUGCUGGCGACGCAUACACAAAGCGCUUCGAUGACGCCAUCCAAGGCAUCGUGAGGAAGCACAAGUGUAUCGACGACACCCUCCUCUACGACAGCAACAUCGAAGACGCAUUCUGGCACACGUACGAGUUUCUGGCGACCUGUGCAGCCAAGGGGAUUACUUUGAAGCCUGAAAAAUUCCAGUUCGCACGGAGGGAGGUGGAUUUCCUGGGUUUUCACCUCGGCUGGGAGGAGUACAAACCCACAGACGAGUGCCUAGGUGCAAUCAAAAGCUUCAGGAUGCCUGACAAGCCCUCCAUCUCAGACAUCAGGUCGUGGUACGGGUUUGUCAAUCAACUUGCCCCAUUCCUCGCCACAGCCCCAAUCAUGAACGCCUUCAGGGAGCUCCUGAAGAAGCCGUGCGGAAAGGCUGUGUACCCAGCCCUCAGAAGCCCCACCACAGACACCGACGCCGACCUGGAUGAGGACCUCACCGAGGCAGUAGCAGCCGUGGUCAUCGCCACAGCCGAACACGAAGGUCACGUUCUCGACGAGUCAGCGGUGAGAAAAUCUGCAGCCGACGACCCUGUCUACCAACUACUACUGGCCAAAGUGUUGGCCGCGGACUGGCACCUGCACAAGGCGCAAGAAGUGGCCUGCCUGCACCCGUUCUAUGGCGUGAGGGACCGGUUGGCAGUCUCUCAAGACCUUGUCACAUACACCUUUCACCAGGGUUGUGUGCGACUCGUGAUUCCUGAGCCCCUCCGCCCACAGGUACCAGCAAACUUACACACUGGUCACCAAGGGCUAGAUUCCAUGCUGCGGAGGGCAAGGCAAUGUGUAUACUGGCCCGGGUUGGAAGGGGACCUGCAGCACUACCGGGCAUCGUGCACGUCAUGCGAGAUGCACGCUCCCUCUCAGCCCUCAGAAACACUCGUCAUCACGCCGCCCCCAGAGUACCCAUUCCAAUCCACAGUGGCGGACAUGUUUCAGCAUGAGGGGCACACCUACGUGGUCUACGCUGACAGGCUCACUGGAUGGCUAGAACUCGCCCAUUUCCCACACGGUGCUACAUCUAAUAAAAUCAAGAGUCAAAUGAGGCAGUACUUCACGCGAUGGGGCGCCCCGGAACAGCUGUCCACUGAUGGGGGACCGAACCUGGCGAGCGAGGAAAUGUCGGAAUUCCUCAAGAAGUGGGGUGUCAUUGCACGCCUGUCCUCAGCACAGUACCCACAGUCAAACGGGCGGGCCGAAGCAGCGGUCAAGACGGCCAAAAGAAUCAUCAGAGCCAACACAGGUAGUGGGGGCUCAUUGGACACGGACAAAACCUCCCUCGCUGUGCUGCAGUACCUUAACACCCCGCUGCGAUCUGUCAACAAGUCCCCCGCCCAACUUCCCACCGGAAGGCAGCUGCGUGAUGGCGUGUCAACGGCCCGACGACAUUACAAGGUGGACAGGCACUGGGGAAGGACGCUGCGUGAGAGAGAAGUGAAAAUGGGGGAGGAAGGCAACACCCUGAUGGCAACCUGCACACCCAGACAGCUCCGGCCCCUGUCCCCCGGCACACGAGUAAGGAUGCAGAACCAGGCCUCAGGCACGUGGGACCGCACGGGCUUGAUCGUGGAGGCGCUGCCCUACAGGCAAUACACCGUCAGGCUUGAUGGUAGUGGCCGAAUAAGCCUCAGGAACAGGAAGCAUCUGCGGCCCGUCGCUGAGUCAACCCCAUCGCCCGCACCGCCAACCCUGCGCCCACCAACCCCGCCGGCCGCUCAACCAACCACGACAGUGACGACACCCGCACAAGUCUCAACCCCCACCCAACCUCAGCUACGCCCCGCACCCAGGAGGCAGGUGCGGCGACCGGGGUGGCUGAGCGACUAUGUGUAA